AUGAAAAAAAAAAUUCUAUAUUGUAGAACACCAGUAAUCAAUCGAUGCAUUACAGGACAAAGCUCAUCCAUUAGUCGAACACCAUUAUCUGCUGAUCGUAUCGUUGUAUCGGUUGAUCGACGCCAACGUGAAUUAAAUGAAGAUCUUAAUCUUAAUCAUACAUCCAAUACACCUAUUCGACCUUUUCGCCAUAAUCAAAUUUGCAACAGUUCAACUAAUGAUAAAAAGAAUGCAUUUUCUCUCGACUCCAUUGUAACGAAUUUUGUUUGA